UUCUUAUUUUCUUCUAUUAUAAUCCGGAUUUUAUUAAGUAUAAUAUUUGAUCUGUUUAAAAUAUGGAAAAUUCAAUCAAUUACGAUCAAAUUAAAGAAGCUGCUUCUUAUCAUCCAAAACCUCAAAAUAUCACUUAUACUUAUGGAACUGCAGGUUUUCGUAUGAAAGCAGAUUUAUUGGAUUCUGUGAUUUUUCGAGUUGGUAUCUUGGCAGUUUUACGUUCAAAAAAACUUGAUUCCAAAACUAUUGGUAUCAUGAUUACCGCUUCUCAUAAUCCAGAACAAGAUAAUGGUGUUAAGCUUGUUGAUCCUUAUGGUGAAAUGCUGGAACAAUCAUGGGAAAAUUAUGCUACCCAAUUAGCAAAUGCUCAAACUGAAGAUGAAUUAGUUGAUGUUAUUAAGCAAAUCAUUUCUAGCAAUAACAUUGAUGAAUCAAAAACCGCAAAUAUAGUUUAUGCUAGGGAUACUAGACCUAGUGGGCCAGCUUUAGUUUCUGCACUUGUUGAUGGUCUUAAAUCUCUUAAUGCCAAGAUUAUCGAUUUUGGUAUUAAAACAACUCCACAACUUCAUUAUGUUACUCGUUGUUAUAACGUUAAAGGUACUGAAGAUGAUUAUGGUGAACCAACGGAGGAAGGUUAUUAUAAGAAACUUUCAACUGCUUACCGUAAAACUGUGGAAGGCAAACAACGUCUAACUCCAAUUAAUAUUGACGCGGCAAAUGGUGUUGGAGCUCCAAAAAUGAGAGAACUUAAUCAAUAUAUUGGAAAUGAAUAUUUAGAAGCUAUAUUGAUUAAUGAUGAUUAUAAGACUCAAGGCAAAUUGAAUUAUCAGUGCGGUGCCGAUUUUGUUAAAACUGGUCAAAAACUUCCUACUGGAAGUAAUAUUAAACCAGGUGAUCGUGCGGCUUCAUUUGAUGGUGAUGCUGAUCGUAUCGUAUAUUAUUACAUUGAUGAAGAGAAUACAUUUAAAUUAUUGGAUGGUGAUAAAAUUGCUGGAUUAGCUGGUGGUUUUAUUAUCGAUCUAGUCAAAACUGCAGGUCUUGAAGGAAUUGAUGUUGGAGUUGUUCAAACUGCUUAUGCAAAUGGAAGUUCCACAACAUACUUGGAAAAAGUUUUGAAUGUACCAGUAUCUUGUGUACCUACAGGUGUUAAACAUCUUCAUCAUGAGGCAGAAAAGUAUGAUAUUGGUGUUUAUUUUGAAGCCAAUGGACACGGAACUGUAUUAUUUAGCAAAAAAGCUUUAAAAACAAUUCGAUCUGCUGAAGGUCAAACAGCUGAACAAAAAGAAGCAAUCGAAAAAUUACGAGCAUUAACUGAUUUAAUCAAUCAAACAGUUGGUGAUGCUUUAUCAGAUUUAUUACUUGUAGAAACUAUUUUAACCAAUCGUCAAUGGUCUUUAAAAAAAUGGGAUCAAGCUUAUUCUGAUUUGCCAAAUCGUUUAGUAAAAGUAAUUGUUGAAAAUCGGCAUAUAUUUAAAACUACUGAUGCCGAACGAAAACUUUUAGAACCAGUAGGACUUCAAGAGCAAAUUAAUGAAUUAGUAUCAAAAUAUAAGAAUGGUAGAUCUUUUGUUAGACCAUCAGGAACUGAAGAUGUUGUACGUGUAUAUGCUGAAGCUGCUACAAGAGAAGAAUGUGAUGAAUUAGCUUAUAAGGUUGCGGGGUUAGUUUAUGAUCAAGCUGGUGGUACUGGUGGUAGACCUAAAGAAUUUUUAUAAUAUAAUGUGAUUAUAAUGUGAUUAUAUAUUUUGAAGAGAAUAUAUAAUAUUAAUUUAAUUUUAAUAAUGAAACCAUAAGAAAAAUUAUGGAUUCUAAUUAGAAUUAAUCUUAUUUAUUUAUUUAAU